AUGCAUCAGUUGGUCCUGGAUCUUAUGAUGCGCCUAUGGUUUCAAGGAAGAAUGAACCAAAAUGGUCAUGCUAGAAAAACCUGGGAUAUCAAUGGGAAUUAGAUCCAGAAGUAAAAGAGAAAAAAUUCGCUUUCACGUAAAAUAUCUUGUGGUAUCAUUUAAAUUAGUAUGGGUGCAAGAUACAAAACUUUAGAUUAAAAGUUGAAAGAUGGAAUACCAGGCCCUGGAGAAUAUUAAAAUGCAAAUGAUACGAAUAAAUCCAUUCCAAGUAUGAAGUUUGGAACAAGCAGUAGAUUAUCACUUGAAAUAAAUAAAAAUAUUCCUGGGCCAGGGGAUUAUGUUGGCAAUUUUGAAAAUAUAUCUCGAGCAGCUCCUAAAUUCGGAUUUGGAUCGGGCUAGAGAGAUGAUUCUUUAGGAAAGCUAAAAAAGUUUAUUCCAGGACCUGGACAGUAUGAACCACCAGAAAUUAUAGGCAAGGAAGGGCAAUCAAAAUCGAUGGGGAUAAAGCCAACAAUUGAUCUAUAAGAAAAAGAAUUAAAGUCAAAACCUGGUCCAGGCUAAUAUGAUCCAAAUCCUGAUGCAAUGCUUAAAAAUUCUCCUAAUUUAAAGAUUGGUACUGCUAAAAGAGAUGACUUAGCUUUUAAAAAAUAAGAAUAUAAACCUUCACCAAACAAUUAUAAUCCAAAUGAUUCAUUUUCAAGAACAUAGUCAGCUGCUUGGGGAUUUGGUUCAUCUAACAGGCCACUAAUAGCAGAUAAAAGAAAAUAGGAAUUUCCAGGUCCUAACUAGUACGAAAUUCCUUCAAGAGUUGUAGAGGGUCCUAAGUUUAUUAUGGGUCAGAGAACUAAAGAUCCUCUUGCUGAUAAAGAUAAUAUUCCUGGACCAGGUAAAUAUGAUACAGUUAAUAAAUCAACAUCAAAAAUUAAAAAUGAGCCUUCAUUUAGCAUUGGCACUGGUUCAAGAGCAGAUAUAGCAAAUUUGAAAUAAAAAGGUCCAAUACCAGGACCAGGUAAUUAUCAAUCUCUAGAUGAGUCAUUUUUGAAAAAAACUGCGCCUGCUUACGGUUUUGGAAGCUCUAAAAGAGAAGAAUCCAAUGAAAAAAGCAAAACUAAUAUACUUGGACCUGGGGCAUAUGAUAGUAGGUCUUUUAUUGGAAAUGAAGGAAGGCAGAAUUCUAUAUCUCCUAAGCUUGAUCAAGGAUUUAAGCUAAGAGAAAGUAGAAAUUUACCAGGACCAGGAUCAUAUGAUUAAAAUUAAUCAGCAUAAAUUUUGAAGAAUUCUCCUUCAUUUAAAAUUGGAACAAGCAAAAGAUCAGACAGUGUUAUUAAAGAAAGAAUGAGUAAGCCCGAUCCAACUGCCUACUCACCUAAUGAUUCGUAUACUAAAUAAACAAGUGCUAAGUUUGGCUUUGGAACUGGCAAAAGAAAAUCAAUUGCAGAUGAUCAUAUAAAGUUGCCAGGGCCGGGAUAAUAUGCUUUAGCAUCAAAGGCCUUUGAGACACAGUCAAGAUUUGCAAUGGGUAUCAAAGUCAAAGAAUUGAGUAAAUUUUCUGUACCAGGUCCAGGUGAAUAUGACAACAAUAGCAGCAUUGUUAAGAAAAAUAUGCCAUCGUUUUCAAUUUCCGGUAAGACUUCUGAGUUAAAAAAGCUUGAUGUACCAGGACCUGGAGAAUACACGAUAAAAGAAAAGACAAUAGAUGGACCAAAGUUUAGCAUAGGAACAAGUUAGAGAGUGGCUCUUAAAAAGACAGAAGUUCCAGGUCCAGGAGCUUAUAAACUUCCAUCAACGAUUGCAAAUUUGCCAACUCACGCCUUACCCAAUCAAAAAGAAGAAUUCAAAUUCGUUUGA